UAGCCCGUUUUCCAUUGUGACGAUCUGGCAACGCAGCGUAUUUUUCGAGACGCAGAACGCAAGAUAUUUCUUAUCUCUCUUGUAAAAAAAAUGGAUUAUUUCAUUCCGAUCGGUGCGUAUCUUAUUGGAAAAUCGCAUGCUUGUUGGCAGUAGAGAGCGAUACACACUUUUCACGGCCCACAUACCGCGCCCUUCGCCCGAGGGGAAAAUGGGAAAGCAACAUUAUCUGGCAUCCGUAUCUUGGUCCGUCGCAGCCGUCGAAAUGUUCGUCGCGCCAGUUAUUGACUCGGCAAUCUCCAUCUACUAAAGCGCACACACACACACGAUCGCAGACGAGCAUACACACACGCGUAACCUGCCAGCGGAAGCGCCCUUAAUCUUGGCUAGAAAGCACAACAACAACAGCAGUAGCAGCAGAGGAGCAACAACAGCAGGCGGAGGGAAACGGAGGCGCCGCUAGCACUAGCACCUAACAUGUCCGAGAAGCACGGCCAGCUGGGUGCGCAGUGGACGAAAUCAGCGGCGCCAACAGCAUCACCACAAACCUCAAACACCAUCCCCGUACCUCUUCCAAUUCCCGUAGCGCUUCCCCAGAAACUCAAUGUCAGUCCAUAUGGCAACUGCAGCUUGCAGCCUGCUGAUAUAGUCUACAACGCAACCCGAUUUCAAGGCCCAGUUACCCAUGCCAAGGCCUCACCCUUGACCAUUACGCCCGUGGGCCCUGCCGGAGGAGCUCCUGCUUCCGCCCAGAUCUCGCCCACGAGCCACACCCAUGUACCUGUACCUGUGGCCACGCCCAGCGGAUUUGUGCCGCCUCCGUUUCCCAAUCCCGCCGGAGUGAGUGGCAGUGUCUCAACCUCAGUGCUCACUCCGAAUCCCUUUGCCACGGCAGCUGGAAAUGCUGCCGGACUGGCCUUCGCAAAUGCCUUCACCUACAACACGACCCAGCUGGGCCUGGGCAAGAUCAUGCACGCAAUGGGCGGAACAACAGGAGGAGUGGCAGCGGUGUCAGUACCAGUUAGCACAACUCCAGCAGCAAGUGCUCCUUCAGGCCCAGCCAUAACUGGGCCAAGGCAUACCAAUGAGUGCGUCCCAGCGACCAGUGGAGUGAUCAACUCCACUAUUGCUGAAAAUGUGAUGAAUGCUUUGAGCAACUCGAACACAGCAGGAGCUGCAGUGCCUAGUGAAGAGAAGAUGCGGAGGGUGCAGCAGGUGAUUGAGGCAAGCUUGGACGACAAUGCCAAGCUGCAGAUCUCGCAGAUCCUGGAGCGCGUCUCGGGAUUGAAGCCCAUUGAGAAGCUAUUCCUCUAUCUUCGCUUGCCUGGCGAGUGUGCGGACACGGAUCCGCUGAGGCAGCCACAGAAUCCGUUAGGAACGCGUUCGGAGAUUAAUCACACUAUCAAUUGGGUCCGUUCCCACCUGGAGCACGAUGCACAGGUGUCCAUACCCAAGCAGGAUGUGUACAACGACUACAUAGCGUACUGCGAACGCCUCAGCAUCAAACCACUUUCCACGGCUGAUUUCGGCAAGGUGAUGAAACAGGUCUUUCCAGGCGUGCGUCCUCGGAGACUAGGAACGCGAGGCAACUCUCGCUACUGUUAUGCGGCCAUGCGGAAGACCACCAAGUUGACUCCCCCACAACUACCGCAGCUGUGCAAGAGCGAACAGGUGUUAGGAGCAAAUUCCCCUUCAGACUCAAGUCAACUAACUAACGCCUCCAGUUUGAGUGGAUUACCAUCGACAGGAGGCGAUUCGGAAUGCUGGGACGUAGUACGCAGCUGGGCGGAAAAGUUGCUAAACACAAAACUAGAAAGCGUUGCAGAUCUGACCUCCCGCAUCAAGAGCAACAAUGCCGUAGUUUCGACCAAGAAGUACACACCUCGGGAACCUAAGGAAAAGAGGGUCUUAGCAGACAUUGGCCCUCUGAAGAAGCGACGCAAAAAGAAACGCAAGGGCUCGACAUCCUCGGAAUCCAGCUGCAACCAGUUAGUUACUGGUCAGGAUGCAGGCAGUAGCCAGGAGGCCAGCGAAGAACAAUUACUGAAGAUCAAGCAAGAGAUCAUAGACUCACCUAUUCAGCACCAGCAGCCGGGUGUGGCAUACCUGCAGCAAGUGACUCCCAUGAACUUGGCUACAGAUCAGCGAAGCAGCAGCGCUGUGCGUAACCUCACGCCUAAAAUCUUGGAAAUGGGCUCGCCGGCCGUAGUGCUUACUCAGCAGGAGGCCUCACCCACGGGCAUGGUCAUCAAGGAUGAGGUCGAGGACUACACCUCUAACAUAUUCUGCAAGAAGGUGUUGAAGGCUCAGCAGACAAAAGGAUUUUGGGCCAAUUCUCCCAGCAGCGGAACAACGGGGAGUGUUGGUCUACUUGUCCCUCCAACGAUCACCACCACCUCGGCCACGCCACCACCGCCUAACGCUGGUAGUUCCCCGGUUCCCGGACCAGGCCUUUCCAUGGGCCCGCCGGCGCAAAUGAUGAACGCCAGUUCGGUCAGCCCGUCGAGCAGUGUGGACACCACGCCCAAGGUGGCGUCCCGAAACCAAAUGAUACUGAGAGGCAAGCGUUUAAUGGCAGCGGAAAAUGCCGCCUUAGCAGCCGAAGACUCCGGCCUGCCCGAGAAUCUGGGAUUGCCCAGAGAGCGAGUGAUCAGCAUCUGCAAUAUGGACAAACACGAGCUGGAUGACUACUUCUUGCCUGGCGAGGACGAGGAGAACUCCGAGGAGCCCGACAACGAGCUGCUCCAAUAUUUUCAGAUGGGAGACGCUGAGGAAAACAAACUGAAUUCCUUGGAUGCUGCCGAACAGAACAGGAAUCCACAAGAGCCAACGACGAUGGGCUCUGCGCCGGAGGCAAUGCCCGCUCCCGGCCGCGGAGUAGUAGCCGUCGUCGCCGCAGCAGCAACAGCAGCGCCGGUGCCGGCGCCAUCGAUGCUGCCCGGACAGGCCGGAGUGGGUUCUGCCUCAGCGUCUCUGGCCCUAAUGUCAAAAAAGCAUCAACAGCAGCACCAACUUCAGAACCUGCAGCAGCCAUCGCACCGUUCAAAGCAGCUGCCCAAUAUCAGCAACAACAAGAGAAAGAUCAGCCUGAGCAAUGCCUCCAGCAGUGGUAGCAACAAAAAUUGCCAUUUCCUGCCUAUUUCACCAAAUAUCAAUGGGUCCAAUGGAUCGGUGGCAGCCACAGUCGUCUCAGGACCGGCCAAUCCCAAUCAAAAUUGCUUCGCUAGCCCGGGCUUAACCAGGAUGAGGCACAAGCCCAACUUGUUUUGCAAGCAGCAAUCUUUAGACUGCGACAACCGAGACCCCAUGAUUGGGGCUCACCGCAAGGGCCGCGGCUAUGUGUACAGCUAUCCCACGAGCACGUCUGCUUCCGCUCCUCCGAGUCCUUCGCUUUACCAGCACUGGACGGGUGGAAACUGGCCAUUGGGUGGCGGUACUACCUCCAGCUUUGCGGACAGUAGCCACAGCGCCGAUCCCCUGGUGAAUCAGAACUCAAUGGAUUUGGAGACGAGCCUCGCGCUCACGGAAGGAAGUGAAUUAGAUACGUCGGAAAUGCAGCGCUCACAAUCGGUGCCGUUGUCUCAAUUGCAACGAAGAAGCAGCCAACAGUCACCCAAUUCACAUUUCUACUCCGAAAACAGCAACAGUCAGCAGUCGGCGCCACUCAAAGACACGGGAUUGCUAUACGAGGAGGUGGAUGUGUCCGCUCUGAUCUCGCCCAAUUUCAACAGCAAGUUUAGCAGCAUGACGCAACAGACGGCCACCACGUGCAGCUCCUCGGCAGGCUCAUCCUCCGGCUACAGCAGCGGCGGCUCUGCUGGAAUAGUUUCGCGAUCAGUGCCAUCCACUCCGCUGCCACACCAACAGCAUAGCAGUCUGACUUCAUUAAAUGGCGGAGGGGGAGCUACAAUCAGCGGAGGUGGUGUUAUGGGAAUCGGAAACGCAGGCAGCUGUGGAAACGGUUUUUUUAACAUCUCGGACACGUUGAGCUGGGAAAGAGGUACGAGCAAUGGAAGCCAACUGGGCUAUGACGCACACUCUUAUGGUGCGCGCAACCCGCUAGACAUAUCCAAGUCCAUGCCAACGACGCCGAUUGCAACGCAACGAUUUCGCUACAGUCCUGCGGAGGUGCACCGAGAUUUCUUGAUCAACGGCAACACCAUCGAUAGCCUACCUUCGUCCGCCUUUGGAGCGGGAGUAGUUUCCACGGAUCCUGCGUUGACUCUAAGCACGGACACCCUAAUCGACGACAGUGCGCCGAGCAGCGCCGAUGAUGUAGAGGCAAUGAUCGGUGUCACAGGCAUACUCGACGACUUUUAGAAUUUGCAUGAAGAGAAAGCUCAGGAGGAGAUGAAAGUACCCGAGCGAAAGGAGGCGGAUGAGGAGGAGAAGGAUGUUGCUGAGACAACUGCAAGGGAGGACGCAAAUGUCGUGGCCUGUCUCCUGCAGCAUGUCGACCAGUUGUAAGCCUCCUGGCAUCCGUCCCCGGUGGUGUUUGUCUCGUAUUUUUGUGUUGUUUGUUUACUCCUCUACUGUUGUUCCUCUUCGAGAUUCUGUAUAGGUCAGAAAUAGGAACCUGUAACCCUCCUCCGCAAAUGAGCUUUCUCUUCGUGCCACUCACAACUAAGUAAAAUCCAACGAAAUCCUUUCUUCCCCUAUCUUAACUCAACUAAUCUUACCUAAUCAACAGCUUAACUGUGCCUCUAAUUGGUUUCAAGAUGUGUCCAACAGCAUUAGAGGUUUGCGCUUGAGCCGACUUCUGUAAUUUAACGUUACCCUCAGGCCCUCGUUGUAUGUAUGCGAUUGGCAUAUUGUUAUGAUCACUAAACAUUAACAUUAACACACUGACGACGAUGGUGGGCACGACGAUUGCCCUUACUGUGUGUAGUUGCAUAGUUUUAUUGUUGAACAACAUUACAAAUGAAGCGAACUUAAAGUCUGAAUGAAGGAAACGUGUGCAGCGGUUUUAAAAACGAAAACAAAUUUACAAUUGUAACUGUAAAGGAAUGUAAAUUUAGAACUAAAGAACUAAACCUCGGCACUCGUCGAGUUUGUCUUCCUGCGACCCCCGGUUGUACAUAUACAAUGACAUAUACAUACAUAUAUUUAUAGAGGGAUUUCCAAUCGGACUUUUUAGGGGGUCGCAGCGAACCAGUUUCAGUUCGAAAUUGUCAAACAUACUUGCGUGUUUGUAUGGUGUUGUAAGGUAUCGAGAAUAACGAGCUUCGUCAAUUGUUCACCCAUUCUAUGGCCUCCUGGAUGUAGUCCUUCGAUUUUACUAACCCAAUACCAGUCUAUUUGUUACGCUCUAUUUGUCUAUCCUUAACGCUUCUGAUUUUCUAUUAGUUUUAAGUGUUUGAUUGUUAUACCUGUUUAUUAUUUUUAUUUAGUUCACGCUUGGUCGGUCCGAUCUGCGUUUAGUACUUUAGCUGGAUUUUGUACUACGUCUGCAAUUCAUGUUUUCCACGCCUGAAUUUCUAGUUGUAGUGUCGUUUCUUGUACCCAGUUUAUUAGAGACUUUAAUUCUGUUUUAUCGCUUUGAACAAAGUUUAGCUUUAAACAUCUCUUAUUAAUUAAUUCACAUUGCAAAUGAAUGUUAGUUUGUUUGUAAAACAAAGUAAAAAACACAGAAACCCAAACCUGUUUUUGUUCUAAAUGAAAGUGACUCCGCUCCUGUAAGCAGAACAUGUUUUAAAAAUAUUAAGAAACUAAAUCAUAAAUGUGCCUCAGGCUUUAUUGUAAAACAAUUAAAUACCACAACAAAAAAUAUUCAUACAAACAUACAAAAUAAAAAACGAAAGUAAAAGUUAGCUACGUAUACACACAUAAAUAGAUUAAUAGAACGUUAUACGAAAAUAAUUAAAUAUACACUCAUUUACAAAACAAAGGCUAGGGAAUCAAAUGAAUUUGUUAGAACCUCAGAUUCAACAAGUAGUUUAUUAUAGUCAACAUGAAAAUAAUACAAUAACCAAACUGUACCCAUAGCCUAAAGAAAACAUUGUCAUCUAAUUUUCUUAAACAAAAAACGAAAUUUUACCAACUAUUUACUUUUAAGCAGCGCCACUUACCACGCAAUUCGCUUUCAACAACAACCAACAAUAUACGAGUAAAAAUAGCAAUAGCCCUAAGUAUGGUAAAUAAAUUAAACAUAUUGUCACCGGGAACACUUUAGAUGAGAUAUAUGCAAUUAUACAGAAACAAUGCAUUAAAGUUAAACGAACCAAAACUGUACUUUUUUAUAAGAUAUUUGAAUGACAUAAAAUACAGAUAACAGAAACGAAAAA